CCACUAUGAAUAUCAAUGAGUUUACCUACUGCGCAUGCGCAAAAUGUCUAUGGGUCAUCUGACCAUUGGAUGGGAUCAAAGUUAAGUGCAAGAGAACAAGAACUUCGUUCAAUAGUAACAAUGUCACUGAAUGGUGACCCAAGUGGCAGCUAUCAUGAGGUGGACUCAUUUCCUGAAGGAUACAACUAUGGAGAUGAAGAUGAGGUUAUUGGAGCCGUGGGUGGUGUUGAAAACAAACCAAGGAUACUAUUAAUGGGCCUAAGGAGAAGUGGAAAGUCUUCGAUUCAAAAGGUCGUCUUUCACAAACUGUCACCAAACGAGACACUCUUUCUUGAGAGCACAAGCAAAGUUGUCAAGGACGAUAUCAACAACAGUUCGUUUGUUCAGUUUCAAGUGUGGGAUUUCCCUGGACAGAUUGAUUUCUUUGAUCCAACGUUUGAUUCAGAACAGAUAUUCGGUAGCUGUGGCUCAUUGAUAUUUGUCAUUGAUGCUCAGGAUGAUUACAGACAGGCCUUGAUCAGACUCCACCAGACAUUAACAAAGGCUUUUCAAGUAAACCAGAAUAUAAAGUUUGAAGUGUUUAUACAUAAAGUGGAUGGGCUUUCAGAUGACAGGAAAUGGGAGGCUCAGAGAGACAUUCAGACAAAGGCUACGUGUGAUUUAGCUGAUGCUGGUUUAGACGGACUACUCAGACCGUCCUUUUAUCUCACCUCCAUAUACGAUCACUCAAUAUUUGAAGCUUUCAGUCGCGUUGUACAGAAACUAAUCCCCCAAUUACCAACACUGGAGAACCUUCUAAACAUACUAGUAUCAAACUGUGGUCUUGAAAAAGCAUUCCUAUUUGAUGUAGUGAGUAAGAUCUACAUAGCAACUGACAGCUCACCUGUGGACAUGUUGUCUUAUGAGUUGUGCUGUGAUAUGAUUGAUGUAGUCAUUGAUGUAUCUUGUAUAUAUGGGGAUGAUGUGGAGGCUUGUGCCUAUGAUCAACAAAGUGCCUCAAUCAUUAAACUAAGUAAUGGAGUCAUACUGUAUCUGAGAGAAGUGAACAGGUUCCUGGCGCUGGUUUGUUUAAUAAGAGAAGAAGUAUUUGAGAGGCAGGGACUGAUCGAGUAUAACUUUCAUUGCUUCAGAGAAUCGAUCCAACAAGUAUUUGAAGUGAGAAGAAAAACACAAGGACCUUUAACAUCUUUGGGCAGUUAUUCAGAUGAUAAUUAAUUGAUUAUUAUUAAUUGGUAUUAUUGUGCUGUUAUGUUGCAUUAAAGUAUAAAA